UUGAAUGCAAACUUCCGGAAAGUAGAAGAAGAAGUUGCUUGGUAUCUCGCUCUUCACAAGUUUUAGUUGUGAUCAAUUUGAAAAAAUAAUAUAUAUUUAUAACACUUUUGGCCGCCGACACUGUUUUACUACUUGACUUUUGCACAAUUUUUGUGUUUUUUGGGUCGGGCUGAGCCUCUUUAUUCAACGUCUUUGUGAUCUCGUUGGCACAACACGAUGAUCACAAGGAGAAGAAGCCGUGCCAUGGAGAUGCCGUCGGUAGACAUGGAGGAGGUGGAUGUAAUGGAAAAUGUUCACAAUCUCUCCAGCCCUUCUGAUGCGCUUGCUGCUGAUGACACCGAUCCUUCAGGAAUCGAGCUAGACGACCUGUUUGAAGAUUUAAAAUGGACUCUAGAAAAAGAUUCUUCCUCUCUGCUCUUUGGCGUCGAUCUUGCCAGUCUAGAAGCACACAGCGACAUAAACCAAAACUCGGGGUUUGACGCUUCAUCCCGCUCAUCUCCAGACAGAACGUCUUCUGGCUCCAGGAUGAAAAACCGACAAAGCCAGUCAAACCACAUCAUCAACAAAAACGCCAUCGCUGCCAGAUUGAACCGUCUCAAGAAGAAGGAGCACGUCAACACCCUGGAGAAGCAGGUUGGCAUUCUGUCAACGGAGAACGCCGUGCUCAAACAAGAGAACUGUCAGUUAACUAAACGGGUGGAAGAAUUGGAGGAUGAAACCAGGUAUCUGAGAGCUGUGCUGGCCAAUGAGAGCAUGUUAGCCCAGCUCUUGUCCAGACUGAGCGGUGUGAAUGGGAUGAAAUUAUCUUCCUCGCUUUUCCAGGGGCCUCGCUCUAACGAGCACGAUUAUGCGUUGCCCAGGAAGCGGGUGAAGGUGGAGGAGAAGGAGACGUCGGGCGGCGUGUGCCUGCAUGUAGACAAGAACCACGUGUCAGUGGAAUUCUGCCCAAAGUGUGCAGAGAGCGCGAGCACGUCGCUCAAAAUGUAGGGUCAAGUACUUCUGUUUUCUCAUAUUGAGACUAAAACCGUAUGCGACUCUGUACUGAACCUUGUCAGGAUGGAUGAACACCGAGUUAAUUAGAGCUGCCUAAGAGCUGCAGAAUGUGCAUGUGAUUUAUGUUUUUUGUGUUCUGGUGGGAUAAGUACACGUUACUGCUAAACCUUGUUGACAGUUUCUUCUAGGUAAUGGUUGCUCCGCCAUGGGGGAUGAGUGGCUUUCUGAACUCCCUUUUCCUGCUUGACGCCCUGUUCUGCUGAUGGGAGGUGACGAAGCUGGACACGCAGCUGCAACGUGGGCUGGUAUUUUUUUAAAGGUAGUAUCGGUAACAAAUGGUAUAUGUAAUUUAAUUUUUACCCACAUUCUGCAUCACCUGUAGCUGUUGGUUGUAUCAGCAAAGCUCCUACAGCAGCCGGAGCAAUUUGUAUAUUGUUUGUAUAUUGAAAUGUACAUUUAAAAAAAAGAAGAAACUGAUCACAGUUAAUUUUUUAAAUCACAUCUAAUAAACUGUAAAUGUUUAAUUUUGAAUAUAUUUUCUUUUGAAGUAAAUGCUCUGAGAAAUGUUGGACAAAUAAAUCCCAUUCUCUGUGUGUAAAAUACUAAAUAUCUGCUGAGUCUUGUUGUGUACUGUUGAUAUUAAUGCAUCUCUUUUUUCUUUCUGAACAGCAAGCUCUGCCGAUAAAGGUCUUAACUUUUCCUGAACAUUGGGUCAAGUCUGGUAAUGGUUGUCAGAACAGAUGACAGUCCCCAUUGGAUGGAAUUAUAAAGCAUAGAAAGAUUCAUUUCAUUUAUCUGUCCAGCUACAGUGCAUCCAGAAGGUUUUCCCAGCACUUCACUUUUUCCACAUUUUAUGUUCCAGCCUUAUUAAAACAAUCUUCCCUCAAAAUUUUACACACAAAUACCCCAUGAGAGGAGGAAUGUGAGAAAAAGUUUGAGAUCUUUGCUAAAUUCUUAAAAAUAGAAAACCAAGAAAUCACAUUUACAGUCUUCUUCCAUUGGCUGACGAUGGAGGCGGAGUUCAUCGGUCCUUCAGAGCACCAGGAGUGUUUCUGGAUCCUUCUUCAGAUUUCUGCCUCAAGACCAUCCGGUCUCUGAGGUCUACAGACCAUUCCUUUGAUUUCAUGUUUGGUGUUUGCACUGUUAACCGUAGGAACAGGUGUGUGCCUUUCCACAUCAAGUCCAAUCAUCUGAAUUUACCACAGGAACAUUUCAUGGAUGAUCAGUAAAAUUCUCAAAAAGUUUUUCCACGUUGUCAUAAUUUGGUGUCUGUUUUUAGAAUUUUGCGGGAAGAUUAAUUUAAAGGUAGGGUAUUAUGUAAAAUACCUUUAAAAAAAGUUUUACAUCAUGUUAUGUUAUUCCCUCAUCAAAGACACUCCUUGUAGUGUUGCUUUGAAUUUGUCAUUCAUGUUUGAGAAAUUGUAAAAUUUCCCCCAGCAUUUGGGUGUCCAGAAUACGAGUGUGGAACAAGACUUGUAAUCACACAGUUCACUGACUUGGUUCAGUCAGUUAACUUAUUGUGGAAAUAAUAAAAUAAGUAGAAAAGGUGCUACAUAUUUCCAUAAAGCUUCCACCUGACAGAGCACCCCUCACCUGCAGUUCCCCCACUUGGCUCCUGACUAGCAGCAGCAGCUGUUGGCCAACACCUGGUGGAACUGCACUUCUGCUGAGCUCACACGAACUACUUAGUCCAACACUUUUCAGAACGGUUGUAAAUGGCAGCAUGGAGGAGCAGUUUUGUGGCGAUGUGGUGGAAAGAGGAGGAGCUUCUUAAAGAAACGGGCCAAUUUUAAAGUGUCAAAUUUCUUUUUUAUGUUUCACAUCCACAGCAGUUUUAUUACUGAAGUUGUAGUUAUCAGUGCUGUUUCAUAGCACAAUGUGCUUGGAAACAACAUAAUACCACCCUGGCAAUGUGGAAAAAGUGAAGAACUUUAAAUAUUUCUGAAUGUACUGUGUUUUAGCUCAUUUAGCUGUAAGUGCUUUAGUAUUCAUUUUGUUUCCUGGGAGAGUGGAGCAGAAAAGUAAACUUACUGCCACCUGUUGGUAUAUCGGUUAACCUUCAGAUGUUCCCUGUUGUGCUUAAAGCCUUCAGUGGUUUGACAAAUCCUCUGGUCUGUGCUCCCACCUCAGUAGCUGUUACAGCAAGGCAAGUACAUGAGUGGAUAACAUUCAGCAACAUUGUACUGGAUGCAUAAAACCUUACACUGCAGGAGUAAAUAAAAGAAAGUAAUAAAAAGUUGUAAAAUGACAGAUUAUCCACUUCUUAUUAAUCAAAAGCAACUCUAAGCAGGUGGGGUUUUAGCCUUCAUUUAGUAAACUCAGUGUUUCGGCAUCUUUACAGUUUUCUGGAACAUUGUUCUAGAGUAGAGCAUAAAAACUGAAUGCUGCUUCUCAAUGUUUGGUUCCGAUUCUGGGGGGUAAAGAUUGAUUAGUUCACUUCCAAUAUGGUUGAGGAUAUUUUUAUCAGGGUUUGGUGGAAUUUAGCAUGUAUUAAACUUAAGAUGCUUUCAUUUAGUCAGGCCAAUAUUUGGCACAAAUCAAUACAUUUAGUCAGUUAACAUCAUUGUUCCAGACACACUCUGGAGCAAGACUCAAUAAUUUUACAAUCUCACUAAUGAAGGGAAACCAUUUCAGUUUACGGAGAAGAAAAACAGGAUUUUGCUUCACUUGGCUCCAUCAGUUAAAAUGGGCUUUUAUUUUGUACUGAGCAAUGUACUGCCCCCUAUUGGUGUUGCUUGUUCAAUGCUUCAGACACUCGGAAGUAUUGUCAAUUUGUAUGGUUUGUCCGUAUUGUGAAACUGAUUGAAGUCUUGUUUUUACACAGUGCAGGUACUGAAUCUUAGCUCAGCAUAAUAAAGGUCGUCAGAUGCGACUACAUCUGCCAGACGUGUAGAUGUAGUCACAGGUGGACCGUGGUCUGACCAGGAAGUGGACUUUGUCUAGAAUCCCCAGACCAGCUCAUGGCGCCUCUGGUUUAAAUAAGGCUUCUUUUCCAUAAUGGUUAUAACUUUGUAAAAUUUGACAGGGUUUGUCAAUGAGAAAUGAAAACACAUGAAUAAUUUUCCAUUAACUCCUUCCAAUAAAAUAAAAUCAUUCUAUGAAUCAUAUUAAUAUUCCUAUGGUUUUAAUGUUAUUAGACAAAUCACACAUGUUUUAAAUUAUCAAAGAUAUUUUAAUGUGUUUGAUUUAUUAUAAAACGUUUUCCAAACCAACCUGGUCCUGUUUAAAAUUAUAACAGCAAUUAGCCACAUUUUGGAUUCGACUUUAGAUCUUGACCUCUUGAAUCACAAGCUAUCCACAAGUGAAGAAAACAUGGAACAGUGGUGAACCUUUCCAGUAGCGGCCGACCCACCAGAGCACACAAACGUCUAACAACCAAACCAAUCACUGCAGGUCUCAUUUGUCUCGGUUAAAGUCAGUGUUCAUGACUCUGCAAUAAGAAAGAGACUGAGCAAAUAUCUAUGGAGACAUUCAAAGGCAAGGCCAGUGCUGACCAAACGGAUUGACAAGGAACAUCUCACUUCCAAAAAAACAUCCCAACACUUUGGUUAAGUUUUCCAUGGAUUCAUGAAGAUUGUUGCAUCUUUAGCAACUACAUUUAAGUAAAACCUUAAAGCAUUCAGAAAGGAACGCUACACCAACCGGCAAACAUGAGAUCCUCAGGAACUUGUUUUCAUUGCUUUUUGUCUGAUCUCUCUUCCUGAAGUUGAAUAUCUGCCCGUCAGUCUAUGACCUUGAACUUAGCAGCCUGAUGAUCUAAAGCAAACCAGCGAGUCCACCUCGAAAAGGCUCAGAUAAAAGGUAAUUGAAGGUUUUGCAGAAGUCUAGUUAUAGUUGGGACUCAAAUCUUUCAAAAUCCUCUAAAUUAGAUGAACUGAAACAAGUAUGCCAAGAAAAGACACCCAAAAGAUGUAAAAGACUUUCUGCUGCUUAUCGCAAACACUGGAUGGGAGUUUUUGCUGCAAAGUGUGGCAAAAACUGUUUUUCGGUUCAGGAGUAAUACGUUUUUCACAUUUUGAAUAUACUCAAAAAUCAUUUGAAAAUGCUUCUUGUAUUUACUCAGAUUAUCUUUGUAAUCUGAGUAAUGUAUUAACAUUUUGUUCGAAUUUAAGAAACAUUUACGUGUGACUUAGAAUAAAUCUCUAAGGAAGCAGUUGGUUUUUCACAGUGCUGCAUCUUCCCAGGCUGACAAAACAACUGAAUCUUUACAGCCGGCGACCAAAAGCAAGAAUAUAUAUAGAUAUAAAAAAUAUUAUUCAGGUUGUUUUGGUUCAGGGGAAGGAGUCACUGUGUUACCUGAACAAACAACACAAGACCAAACAGAGUUUGUCAAAGUUAUUAUUGUAGAAUACUUUGAUGGAUUUUUUUUUCUUUCAUACAGACAAAAGGUGUUGGACUUAUUUCCCAGUAAAUUCUCUUAGAUUUCAAUACAGAUUUAGUCUACAGUAUACAGGUGUGUUCUUUCUCAUAUAUAGAUAUUUAUUCGCUUAAAUAACAGGCAGGUAACUCUUUAAUAUAUUCAAUAGUCUUUAGAUUUUUUUUGUUUUGCUUUUGAUCUUGUUUUUUUUUUUUUUUUUGUAUAUUUUUUUGCAACUUUUUU